AUGGCACUAAACUUUUUUGAUCAAUUUAUAAGUCCCGUAUUCCUAGGGCUUCCCCUGAUAGCCUUGGCCCUUACACUUCCUUGAAUUUUACUCCCAACCCCUUCAUCACGCUGAGUUAACAACCGCCUACUAACCCUUCAAGGCUGAUUUAUCAACCGGUUUACUCAACAACUGUUACUUCCUAUCAACACCCAAGGCCACAAGUGAGCCCUUAUAUUCUCAUCACUAAUAAUCUUCCUUUUAUCACUUAACAUGUUGGGGCUGCUUCCCUAUACCUUUACACCUACUACCCAACUCUCUUUAAAUAUGGGCUUAGCAGUACCUCUUUGAUUAGCAACCGUGAUCGUAGGCAUACGAAAUCAACCCACGCACUCGCUCGGCCACCUGCUCCCUGAAGGAACCCCCACCCUCCUCAUCCCUGUGCUUAUUGUCAUUGAAACCAUCAGCCUUUUCAUUCGCCCCUUAGCUUUAGGUGUUCGUCUUACUGCUAAUCUGACUGCCGGACAUUUGCUUAUUCAGCUUAUUGCCACAGCAGCCUUUGUCCUUCUCCCCCUAAUACCAGCAGUAGCCUUAAUAACAACAAUACUACUUUUACUCUUAACACUAUUAGAAGUCGCAGUGGCUAUAAUCCAAGCAUAUGUGUUCGUACUACUCCUAAGUCUCUACCUACAAGAAAACGUCUA